AUGAAGACCCAGACGCGACACGCCAUGAGUUUCCCGACUGCACUGACAGAGAGGGUCCGGGCCUUGCCUGCAAAGGAGAUGAGACUGGCCUGCAUUUACCUGAAAGCUUCCUGCCUCUUCCAGGAUGGAGAGAACAGUUCCCUGCUGCACGACGACAUUUUAGGUGCCACCCUUGGGGGUGUCAGCAUCACCAAUCUCAGCCAACCAGUGGAGAUCCGGUUUUGGCACAACCUCAGGCCGGCCGAUGAUUUCAACAUAACCUGUGUCUUCUGGAUGGAAGGAGAAGGAGAGGGCAGCCUGGGAACAUGGAGAUCCUUUGGUUGCAAAACUCUCACCCAGGAAGGCAUCGUUGUGUGCCAGUGUUACCACCUCACCUAUUUUGCUGUUCUGUUGCAAAUCUCUCCACCCACCUUGGAUGAAGGUCUGUUGGUCGCUUUAACCUACAUAACUUCCAUUGGCUGCAGUGUGUCAGCUGCUGCCUGUCUGCUCACUGUCUGCCUGUACUGUUGCUCCAGGAAGAAGCAACAGGACUUCACUACAAAAAUACACAUGUACCUCCUGGCAGCUCUUUUUUUACUGAACACGUCAUUCUUGGUCAGCAGGCUGCUGGCAUCGGUCACUACCGCGUGGCCAUGCCAGGUUGCUGCGGUAUUCCUCCAUUACUCAUUGCUUUGUGGCUUGACCUGGAUGGCGCUCGAAGGUUUCCAUCUCUACAUGCUCGUGAUUCGAGUCUACAAUUUGUACAUAAGACGUUACCUCCUCAAGCUGUGUGCUGUUGGCUGGGGGCUCCCUGGCUUAGCAGUCGUGACCAUCUUCCUGAUCAACAAACAGGCUUACGGCAUCCACAAUACCAAAACCAACUCUCCUCACAGCAACGAGACCAUGUGUUGGAUCACAUCCAUCAAAGUACAGUACUUCAACGUGAUUUACCUCAGCGGCACUGUGCUUUUCAAUAUGAGCAUCUUGACCCUUGUGGUUCGGCAGCUGAGGCGGCUCAAAGCUAAUUCUCCUCAGCAGAAAGAGCAUUCCUGUAGGGACAUGGUGUCAGUUCUUGGAUUGACAUGUCUCCUGGGCACUACCUGGACACCGGCGAUCUUCUCAUUUGGGGUCUUCUCCAUCCCACUGCUCGUCCUGUUCACCGUCCUCAACUCGCUUCAAGGGCUCGUCAUCUGCCUCUGGUACUGCACCUUGAGAUGCCGCUCACAGGCAAGUGUCUCAGGAGGGACUUCUCAUCCGUCAUCUCAAUAACUGCAGCAUCACGGGAAAGGUGAUGACCCCAGGC